AUGGAUCUUUAUAAAAAGCGGCUCCUUCUCUUGUUACUUUUUCAGAUUUUGCAUGUUUUGGGUUCACCCUCGGAUGACUACAGCUUCUCCUUGGAUAUGUUUUAUGGAGGCUCCUUUGAUGAUGGCACGGGAUCUGGAAAGUAUUCCUUUACCUACGCGCUAGUUCGACCUGAUGGCACCUGGUCAUUUGCGAAAAAACUCUCUGAUAUUGUAGACGUGGAAAGAUUAGAGGAAACAGAAAACAAUGUGGAGAAGAUGGACAUCACAGCCGCCUUACAGCACAUAAAAUCUGUCGUCAAACCUGAUCUGACACUGCUCCACUUUCUAUGUUUGAAAGGAAUGACAACUUACAGGUCAGAAUAAUAGCUUUUAUGUUAUUCCAAGAGAGAAUAAUAGGACAGAGAAGAAAACGCCCAGUCUAGCGCUCAGUAUUUCCCCUAAGAUAUUUUUAGACCAAUUAAGGGCAGGAAAUUGAUCGGACGUUUGUUUCUGGAGAGGCCUGAAAACUUUAAUUCAGUGUUUUCAAGAAAGAAUUUAACAGUCCUCAUUAAAAUGUUCUGCAUUGUUUGCUUUAAUGUAGGCGCAAGUGGACUUGAUGACGUUUCAAACAAUCGAUUAACAUAAAUGAAAUUCACAGAUCCCGGCCAACGCCCUAAGAUUCCCUACUCUCUGUCCUAUUAUUCUCAUUGGUUAUUCAUGAUGAUGAUGGUGAUAAUGAUGAUGAUGACGACGACGACGCGACAAUGAUGAUGAUGAUAAUGGUGAUAAUGAUGAUGAUGAUGAUUUUAAGUAUUUUUGCCGGGGACAAAAACUUCAUAACUGAGUGGGAACCGGGGUCCGACUAGAUAAGCGAAGGAGAAGCUACCACUGGUAGCUACCGGUCUUGCUGAUGUGUCAUAAUGCGACAGGAGAAUCUAAGCAGGUAAAAGGAAUAAUUAAAGGCCUUGUUACUCUCAUAGUCUCGUCUCCCACUACGCUGCCUUCACAAGAUGGGUAUUGACCAAGAAAACUUAACUUGUGCAGCUUGUGCCGUAAUUUCACAAGGCGUAUAUUUUUGUAUGAAUGUGAACAUAUAAACGUGCGUCCACGAGAUGAAAAAUUGUCAGCCAAGUUGAAAGAAGUGUUUCAUUAUACAAUUCAUAUGGAAAAAUUGAAUUUUGGUUUAUGCUACAGUGCCUUGUGCACUCACAAAACCAAUCCAAUCGACUUUAUCAACUCCAAGUUUUCGCAUUUCACUGACCCCCGACGCAACACCACAGUUUCUUUGGAAAAUGACCCCUUCAUUCUUCAUCUGCUCGACCUAGUGUCGGUGUUGCAUUGUUGCUGAACCCCUGUUCUUCUUGUUAAAGGGCUCUUUUUGAAGCGCUGGAUAUUCCUCUCAUUGGUGGAUCAGCAGAAUCGCGAUACCUUAGCAUGGACAAACUAAAGACACGGGGAGUUUUGCUUGCCUACAACAAUGUCUCUUGUGCCGAGGGAUUGGUUCUUAACAAAGGUAUAGGUCUAUAACUGUUAAAAUGGGACAGAUAUGAUCGAGUUUAAGCCGCAUGGGUAACCUCUAAGCAAAUUCUCUUGAGUCUAGAUCUGGGGUAUCACCUCCACAAUCCACUCUCCUCUUUUCGAGUUGAUAGAACUAACAGAAUAGUUCGUUGCACAAACAACACGAGAGCCUCAAACCAGCCGGACGCUCUCCGUACAUAAAGUCCACAAUACAACUUUAUCGCAUGACGAAUGUCUGUUUACAGCGAUAAGUCCACCAAACAAAUGGUAUCUUAAAAAUUUUAUGAAAUAUCACCAGUUAAUCAGAGGAAAAACUUAAUCCUGCAGUUCCACGGUACAAUAAAGACCAUGGACCGUCAUUCGUGUUUUGCCAUUGCGAAGUCAGGCAACGGUGAACUAAGAACUUCCUAAGUAAGUUGCGGUAUAAUGCCUACGUUUUUACGCCGGCCAGAGACUCUUGGAUCAACUGUCAUAAUGCGACAACGUUUUCCGGUGUUCUCUUGAUAAAAUCUACACAGUAUCCUGACAAGGACAGCAAAAGUUUCGAUAUCAAUUACCGUAUUUAUUCGAUUAACCGCCCUGGGCGCUUAAUAAAUUUUUGGACCUUGAGAGUGGGCGCUUAUUCGAGGCUGGGCGCUUAUUAAAUUUUCACCAUUUUCAGCAAGUGAAGUAUGUUUAUUUUGCGACAAAACAAUAAAUGCUAAUAACAAAACGCAAAGAAGUAACAAAGCAAGGUGUCUGUAAAAUACUCUGAAGAAAACUCCGUCCUCGGGGAAGACUCUUAUUAGCAUUUAUUCACUUAAGUAGGUGGGGUGGGGGUGAACGCUUAUUUGAGUUUGAUUGGGAGGGGGAGGGGUGGGCGCUGAUUCGAGGCUGGGCGCUUAUUAACUUUUUCUGCCUUUAGGAUGGGCGCUUAUUCGAGGUGGGCACUAAUUCGAGGUUGGGCGCUUAUUCGAAUAAAUACGGUAUUCUUUCCCGUGUCACGGGAAAUUUUACUUCCUGUAAAUAUAAAAACCGCACAAUCAUUCAGUGACAUCAUUUCAGGAUGUUCUGUUUCGUGGCAAACAAGAAACGACUAGGAAAUUUGCUUGCCGUAAAACAGAAUGUCCUGAAAUGACGUCACAAUCAUUUCCUGUCUCCUGUUUUCAGUUAUACGGUUUUGUACCCCACCGAAAGUGAAUUUCACUUUUUUGGUACGUCCUGAAUCACGGCAAUGAAAAAUCGAUAUCCACAAAAAAAUUGCUUUCCUUAUGGGGACAUUGUAAAGAUUCUACUAAGCAAAAAAAAGGUCAUACACACCAGCACCGUAAUAUUUGAUGGAUCUGUUCUUCCUCUUCUGUUAAAUCCUAGCUAUUGUGACUUUUAAUUUUCAUUCCUAUCCGCACUGAUUAUCAAUUUUGCGAGUAAGAACUGUGUGUAAGAAAAUGUAUUGUGAUAAAUAAACUUGAACUUGCUUCCUUGUAGCGUACUGUGAGAUUAUUGAAAGUGAUAAUUUAUUUUUUUGGUCACAGGAGACCCAAUACCAACUGCCCAUAUCAAGUAUCCCUGUAUUGUCAAGGCGAGCAAAGGAGAGGAUUCUAAAGCAGUGCGACUGGUAAGGGACCGGCAGUCUUUGGAUGCAGCAAUUGAGCAUGCGCUGACUUUCUCGAACCAAGUAAUCAUUGAAAGGUAGGUUCUUGUCUUAUCUGUUUUUCGCGUUUUAAAAACUAUUCCCAAUUCCAAACAUUUAAGCUUUUAAUUAAAAAGAGAAUAUUUGGGGCGACAGUCAGUAGCUGAUCCUUAUCACUGCCAAAGUUUCGGCAUUUAGCACUAAAAUUUUUCUUCCCCGCAAAUAAUUCACUGUCAGAAAAGUGGCCCAAAUGAUUAAUAAAAAGUGAAACCCCAUUUGAAAGGGAGAGUGCGGAAAGCAUCGUACGCACGUAAAACGUCAUCCCUCAAUGUUCUUAAAUCCCGGCUGGGUAGCAGUCAGCCACCCCUUUGAAGAGUUUGGACAAAGCUUACCUCGUUGACAGGUACGGUAAGAAAAGGAGGCACAAAUCGAAAAUAAAUAAAUAAAGCGACAUGGAUACAAACAUUUUGGCUAAACAGCUAUCUCGAGAAAGGCUGUCGGAAAAAAUAUGAACGAGGCAAUCCCGAAAGUUACAGUUCUCGACAAUGUAGCUGUCGAACCUACUUUUGUUAUAGGCUCUAGAACCAUUCUUUCAAAUUCCUUUGAGGACAGUGAACUCAAAACCACCUACAAUACCUUUCAGGAUUGUCUCGAGCACUUUUUUCCGACAACCUUUCUCCAAAUAGCUGUAUAUGCACUGUGCAUCUUUGCGCUGAGGCAUGUUUGUACCGCUUUUGUACAGAUUCAUAGAGGGACGAGAGAUUCGGUGCGCUGUAGUCAAAUCAGAAAAAACUGGAGAUAUACAGGCCUUGUCGUGUAUAGAAUUCAACGUACGUCAGGAUGGCAUUCGUACAACCCAGGAUAAGUUACUCUGCGAUGAAAAAGGAUUACCUAUUUGUGAGUAUCACAUUUUUCUUCAUUCGUAUAAACAAAUUCAAAAUAAAUCAUAAAUCUUGGCUUGAUCCAUUAAAUUCAUAUCAACACUUGUUAAUUCAUUAAUUGCCCAACACUAAGUUAUGAUCAGUGAAAAGAAUAUGUACCAUCAGUCACAUGUACACCUCGGUAAACCCCCAAACAAAUCAAUACAGUCAACUCUCUCUAAGACGGACACCUUUGGGACCGGCACUAAGUGUCUGUCUUAGAGAGAUGUCCGUCUUAUAAAGAGUCAAAUAAAGGGAAUAAACAAAGGAAGGGACCAACUCUAGGUGUCCGUUUUACAGAGGUGUCCGUCUUAUAGAGCUGUCCGUUAAGAGAGAGUCGACUGUAAGCCAUCUGCACGAUGGCGUCAUUUUAUUUACUACUACGACCAUAAUCCUUUUCGUUUUCCUUUAAUAUUUAAAUUUUGUAAUCCCAGUGAGGUUUGAAUAACAAAAGCCCUAAUUAGCACAAGAAAGCAAAGCCCUGAAGGGUUCUGGUCGUAGUAGUAAAAUCAUGUCAUCGUGCGAAAUGGCCUAUUGGUUAAAGGAAUUAGUAAGAUAAACUUAGAUAUAUUUCUAGCAAUCGCUUUUCUCUCAGCGGAGAGAUCUAGGCGACAGACAGAAACAGGUCUGUGUUCUCCGUCGGGCCAGUCAUUGGUAUCAAAUAAUAGUAAACUAUCGAGAUGAUUUUACAUUGAGAGUUGUUACUUUUUUUUAUCUAUCUUUACAUAGGCAAGGCACCAAAAAGUAAGACUUGGUUUCUUGAUCCCGCAAAGGAAGCUGAACUGAUAACCCGCAUCCAGUUACAAAGUCGUCGAGCUUUUCUAGAGUUAGACCUGCAAGACUUUGGCCUUUUCGACUUCCGGGUAGACCUCGAAGGAAAUCCAUUUUUUCUGGAAUGUAACUUGUUCUGUUCGUUUGGUUUUCAGAGUUUUCUUAAUGUAGUUGCCAGGAAUUCUGGUUUUACCGAUGAAAGUUUGUUUGAUUUAAUGGUUCAGAACGCUUUGUUACGGAAAGCGAAGAUUUACUGA